AUGGCGGCGGCGACCUCCCCGUUGCCGCGCGACAAGCGCCUGGUGUGCGUGGAGUACCCCGGCGUGGUGCGGGACGAGGGCAAGAUGCUGCUGACUCUGGGGGGCGAAGAAGGAGUCUCUCGGAUCUAUGCUGACCCUAGCAGAAGGCUGGAACUCUACUUCCGCCCCAAGGACCCCUACUGCCACCCUGUGUGUGCGAACCGCUUUCCUACGUCUUCCAUGCUGCUUAAAGUGAAAAGGACCACAAGGAGGAAGCGAACAGAAGCGGGAGAGUCUGAGGAGGACGUCAAGUUUGACGUAGAGAUUCUUGGGAUUGUUACCACAGUCUAUAAGUUUCAAGGGAUGUCCGAUUUCCAGUAUUUGGCAGUGCACUCUGGACCCGAAGGCAAGCACACCUCCAUGUAUGACAAAGUGUUGAUGCUCAAGCCGGAGAAAGAGGAAUUCUUCAUGAGUGACCUGCCCCUCUACAUCCCUCCGCCCAUUUUCUCACGCUUGGACAAUCCUAUGGAUUACCACUACCGGCCAGAAAUACAGCAUAGGGAGGGAUAUCAUAACCCCCCAGUGUCUAGUGAGAACCUGAUAGGACUCAGCCGGGCCCGUCGGCCCCACAACGCCGUCUUUGUCACCUUUGAGGAUGAAGAGAUCCCUGUAAAGCCGCUGGGUGCAGCUGAGCAGACCUGGAAGAAAGUUUGCAGCAAUGCUGUUGAUCACAAAGCAGAAGAAGAACUGAGAAAACUUUUUGAGGUCCGUCCUGUCUGGUCUCGCAAUGCUGUGAAGGCCAAUAUUAGCAUUCAUCCAGACAAACUGAAGUUUCUUCUGCCCUACUUAGCUUACUACAUGCUAACAGGUCCCUGGAGGAGCAUGUGGGUCCGCUUUGGUUAUGAUCCCAGGAAACAUCCAGAAGCAAAGAUCUACCAGGUCCUGGAUUUCAGAAUUCGCUGCGGAAUGAAAUAUGGAUAUGCUCCGAACGACAUGCCGGUAAAAGCGAAGCGCAGCACGUACAACUACAGCCUGCCCAUCACUCUGAAAAAGCCAGCAAGUCACACGGUCGGCAUCCAGGACCUGAAGCAAGGGCUGAGCACGUCUGGGACCCCCAGCCCAAGAAAGCCAGCGUUUAGCAAGUACAAACUGAAGGAUUCGAUCUACAUCUUCCGAGAAGGGUCCCUGCCCCCCUAUCGACAGAUGUUCUAUCAGCUCUGUGACUUGAACGUGGAAUGCUUGCAGAAGAUCAUCCACAGGAACGACGGCAUGGAGUCAGUGUGCACCGAGCGGGACGGAUGGUGCCUUCCUAAGACCAGCGAUGACCUCAGGGACACCAUGUCUCUCAUGAUCAAGCAGAUCAUCCGCUCCAAAAGGCCUGCCCUGUUCACAAGCGCGUCGAAUGCAGAAGAGGGCAAAGAGCAGCUAACCUUUGAGUCUGGGGAGGAAGAGGAGGAGGAGGAAGAGGAGGAGGAUGAAUUCAAGCCCUCUGAUGGGAGUGAAAAUGAAAUGGAAACAGAGAUUCUGGACUACGUGUAAU